AUGGAAAAUUUGCCCGAAAACCUUCUGUUGGAUAUCUUGUCUCUGGUUCCAGCAAGAGACCUCAUUUGCAAUUGCCAGCUGGUCUGCUCUCAGUGGCGGGACUUGGUAGACCUGCCGGUCCUGUGGAAGCGCAAGUUCCGGAAAAGGGACCAUGACUCUUCUCCAAAGCCAUUGGCUUUCUACAUUUUCUCCCGCCUAAAGAAGAACUUAAUCAAGAACCCUGAUGGCCAAGGUAUGUCUCCAUUUAUCUGGUAGAAUAAAAUGCUCCUGGACAGAAAUCUGAAUAAUAAAGCCUUUAGGAACAUAGGAAGCUGCUGUACACUGAGUCCCAAUAUUGGUUCAUCUAGCACAGUAAUGUCUACACUCGGGCUGGGCAAUAUAUCAUCCAAGACCGGUUUGAAGUUCACCUGAUGAUAUUUUUUUCAUAAUAUUUGAGCUGGUUUUCAACAUCGGAAUAACUCACCAGCUAAACACUGCAAUGUUAUCAGCAGCUAAACCUGACAAUAUCACCAGCUAAACAUUGCAACCUACCACAAUGUCUGAAAUGAGGAUGGAACUAUACAGAGGCGAACAGGACAAUGUCCUGGCAACUGCUACUACGUAGGGGUCUGAAACAGAUAAAUGACAAUAUUAUCAAUCAUCACACACUCAGUUUCAUCAGCAGGCAAGCCAAAAUGCAUCCCAACAGGACUGUGGGCUUUGGGCUUGGCUACCAUAUGGUGAACGGGAUGUGGGUGGCGCUGUGGGUUAAACCACAGAACCUAGGGCUUGAAGAUCAGAAGGUUGGCGGUUUGAAUACCUAUGAUAUUGUACUAUUGAUGUUAUACUAUUUUAUUGUUGUUAGCCGCCCUGAGCCCGGCUUCGGCUGGGGAGGGCGGGAUAUAAAUAAAAUUGAUGAUGAUGAUGAUGAUGAUGAUGAUGAUGAUGGGGUGAGCUCCCGUUGCUUGGUCCCUGCUCCUGCCAACCUAGCAGUUCGAAAGCACAUUAAAAGUACAAGUAGAUAAACAGGUACCGCUCCGGUGGGAAGGUAAACGGCGUUUCCAUGUGCUGCUCUGGUUCGCCAGAAGCGGCUUAGCCAUGCUGGCCACAUGACACGGAAGCUGUACGCCGGCUCCCUCGGCCAAUAAAGCGAGAUGAGCGCCGCAAUCCCAGAGUCGUCCACAACUGGACCUAAUGGUCAGGGGUCCCUUUACCUUUACCAUAUGGUGGUAUUCAGGACAGUCCAAAGUACGGCGAUGAGUCAUAGUGAAUACAAAUAAUCUGGGACAGACAGACCGCCAGCAGGCCUGCUAGGAGGCAGAAGAAGCAGAAGUGGCAGAGAUUACAUACCGUAUUUUUUGCUCUAUAAGACUCACUUUUCCCCUCCUAAAAAGUAAGGGGAAAUGUAUGUGCGUCUUAUGGAGUGAAUGCAGGCUGUGCAGCUAUCCCAGAAGCCAGAGCAGCAAGAGGGAUUGCUGCUUUCACUGCGCAGCGAUCCCUCUUGCUGUUGUGGCUUCUGAGAUUCAGAAUAUAUUUUUUCUUGUUUUCCUCCUCCAAAAACUAGGUGCAUCUUGUGGUCUGGUGCGUCUUAUAGAGCGAAAAAUACAGUAUACAUAAUUACAUAUUCUAAAUAGCCAAAAACCUUGUUUUUCCAGGUGUGAGAACCUAGAGGUUGCUGAACUACAACUCCCAUCUACCCCAACAAUCAAGAAAGGAUUAGCAAUAUCUGGAGGGCCAAAGUUUCCCUACACCUGCUCCUCAGAGUAGAUCUGUUGGAAUUAAUGGACCCAAUAUAAUAAUGUCAGUUAACUUCUGGGUGUCUACUACUUAAUCACGCAAACUAAGGGUGAUAAUUGAACUAUGGUCAUUUCCCAACUGCCUGUUUUUUGCCCCUUCUUCCUGAUUGUUUGCCCCACAUUUAAGGAUACUGGCUAUUUAUCGAGACAAUUCAUUUGUGGGGAGGUUUUAUGGCAUUGCGUCAAGAAGUCUGAUUUUGUUGUGAUGCAGGUUGCUUGCACACCAUCACAAAACCAGCCUAAAUCUGAGACCCUGAAGCUGCCAUUAUGCAAUUGAGUUCCUCUUGGAAACAGGGACAGUCUGAAAGUGGCCUAAGUCAUUCUUGUUUUCUUUCUAACCCAUGGGCUGCUUCCAUGCACUCAAAGCCUCUCCCUUCAUUUUCUGUCUCCCCAUCACACACACUGCGUCAGAUGGCCUGGACUCCUGGGAAAUCCAGACACCUGCCAAGGGCCACUGGGAAACUGAGGAACUGUCCGUAGAAGACUCAAAAAGCGUCGGUGAGAUGCUCAGCCCUUAUAAAAUGAGCAAUUUUGGGAAGAAUGUUGAAGAUGCUCCUGUUCAGCUCUACUGCUUUGCUGCACGUAAUGGGUGAGGAAGCUAUCAUUGUCUGAACUCAAAUCCACUUAAUAAUAAUAAUAAUAAUAAUAAUAAUAAAUUUUAUUUAUAUCCCGCCCUCCCCAGUCAAAGCCGGGCUCAGAGCGGCUAACAAUAGUAAAACGAUAAAACAUUCUAAAAUCAAUUUAUUCUAAAAUCAAUUCAAAAUCGAAUUAAUGGCAACUGUUGGGCUAGAAUUCUGUGAGGAUUACCGAAGGAGGGGGUCAGACUGUGCCCUGGCCAAAGGCCUGGUGGAACAGCUCUGUCUUGCAGGCCCUGCGGAAAGAUGUCAAGUCCCGCAGGGCCCUGGUCUCUUGUGACAGAGCGUUCCACCAGAUCGGAGCUACAACCGAAAAAGUCCUGGCUCUGGUUGAGGCCAGCCUAACCUCUUUGUGGCCUGGGACCUUCAAGAUGUUUUUAAAGAUGAGGAAAGGGAGUUUUCAUUUGCCCUUGUGCGGGUUCUUGUGCUUCACACUGUAUUCUGCAUAAGGAGAGCCCCCCGCUCAAUAAAUAUAACUCAUUAAAAUGUAAUGGUCACAAAAAGGUGGAGCAAUUUGCAUCACCAAAUCCCAUCAAUGGACUAAAGAAAUGUGUGUUGUGGGGAGUGAUGAGGGCCAGGCCCCCAGUGGCUUUCCCUUAAAAAGGUUGCUAGCAGACCAUCAUUCCUUGCCUCUGCAUAAGAGGGGGCAAACUUUCUUUCCAGGGAGCUGGAGGUGGCCCACAAUAGCCAGCUGCUGAGCCUUUCAGAACACGUGGUCCAAAUGCUGUGGGUAAAAGGUAAAGGUCAAGGACCCUUGGAUGGUUACGUCCAGUGAAAGGCGACAAUGGGGUUGCUGCGCUCAUCUGGCUUUCAGGCCGAGGGAGCCGGCGUUUUUCCACAGCUUUCCGGGUCAUGCGGCCAGCAGGACUAGACCGCUUCUGGCACAACGGGACACGUGACGGAAACCAAAGCACACAGAAACACUGUUUACCUUCCCGCCGCUGCGGUACCUAUUUAUCUACCUGCACUGGCAUGCUUUCAAACUGCUAGGUUGGCAGGAGCUGGGACAGAGCAAUGGGACCUCACCCUGUCAUGGGGAUUCGAACCGCCAGCCUUCUGAUGGGCAUGCCCAAGAGGCUCAGUUGUUUAGACCACAGCACCACCCGCAUCCCCCAAUGUGGUGGGGUAGUGAUGGUAAUGUGGGGUAGUGAUGGUGUCCCUUAAUGUCUCAGGCCCUGCAGCAAGUCUCAGCUCAUCACCUUGAAGGACGAGGGCUACUGGGACGAACUGAUGGAUGAAGCCAGACCCACGAUUGAGGUGAAGGACUGGUGAGUGCCAAGUGUCCUGUCCCGGCUGGGGCUCAGGGAGGGUGGACACCCCAAACUAA